GGUUACGACAAGAUCGUGAAAGGCCUAAAGCAAACUCGUAAGCGACGGCAUGUUUUAAAGGACUAUUAUUCGAAAAUAAAGGAAAUUCUUUCCGAUACGCAAGGAAUCUCCCUGCAAGAAGAGGCCGACUUUCUGAACAGAGCUGAAAAAUGCAACAAGGAUCUCAAAAACAAGAAAUUCACCGUUCUCGUAGCUGGUAAGUAGAUUUAAGAGUAUCAAUUCCCCCUAUGUUUACCAAAGGCUGUGAAGACUAUCAAUUCCAUAAAAGUCUAUGAAUCAUAUUGAAUUUACAUAUUCCUCUAAUAAAUCACUUAAUCUGACUGAGCUAACUAAAUAUAACAAAAUCAGUUCCCCAGCCCAAACAAAUUUAUGCAAGCGGUAAAGCACCUUUCUAUAUAACGAUAACACUUACUGACGUGGAACGACUUUUUAGUUUAACUUUAUCUUCAACAGGGGAGACCAGCGCGGGGAAAAGCAGCCUGAUAAACCUAUUAUUGAAUGAACGAGUUCUUCCGACUGGCCUACUAGAGAAUACCUUUACUAUCUGUGAAAUAUCUUAUGGAGCCAAGCAAGAAGCAGUCACAUUUUGCUAGACAAGGAACGCCCUCUCUUAAACUAAGGAAUAUCAAGUCUGACACCUUAAAACAGUACAUCGAAAAACCAACCAAUGAUAAAGAUUGGUGUAAAAAAAUUGAAAUCAAGAUACCUAAUUCACUGUUGAAGGUAAUUUAACAAAUAAUAGUCAAUAGUUAUGGAUUCAAAAUCAUUUUGUACGUUUCUGGUUGUUUUUGUAUUUGUACGAAGGAUAGCUGGUAAGGCUUUGUCAACUUCAUGAGAACGUAGAUAACUGUCUAAUCUAUUUUUCUCAUUUGGACACGUACGAAGAAGAGCUUUGCUUCCUUGGUGUAACUUCCAGCACUGUUCAAACUUAAUUGUGUAUUCAACUUGGUCAGCUCCCUCUAAAUCUCGUAACACUCUCUUGCUUUAAUCUUUCUGAUUCUCUUGUAGGGAGGUGUGGUCAUUGUAGACAGUCCGGGGAUUGGCGAUUCGGAGCAAGUCUGUAAGAUUGCUUUGGAAUUUUUGCCACAAGCCUUCGCCUUUAUUUACGUAAUCAACAGUCCGAAUGCCGGGGGAAUGCAAGACGACAGGGUAAGUUGAACAUAGCAGCCAUUUCUUAGUGACGUGCUCGUUUUAAGAAAGUACGAAGAAACGUUUUGGAAACUUUUACGCUUAUGUCAGCUUUAUAAGGAGUCUUAGACAAGCUGGUUCAUUAACGACGUUAUACCAUACCUGCUGGAACAGUUGACAGACCUAAGCGUUUCAUUGUGUUUAAAGGGAACAGUUGAUAGACCGAAGCGUUUCAAUUGUGUUUUAAGCAAAACUUUGGUUACCUUCCAGUGAGGCGGGACUGGAAACGAGAAUUUCUGAAAAUGAGAAGGUAUUAAGUUUCGGUUGGAUGCUACAGACCGACCGGAGAAACCACCUUUAGAGUUGAACCUGCGCUUUUCCCGAAAAAAAUUUCCAGGUGCACCAAUGGGAAGCCUCCCGCGUAGGUAGUGUUUUCCAAGGCCUCACGCAAACUAAGACAGAUGGUUUUGCCGAAACAUUUUGUGGUUAUCUUUCAGUGUUUAAAAGUAUUACUUACCAUUGAUAGACCGUAAACCUAAAAAAUACAAUGGUUUGCUUAUUUAUGUUUUUAGCUUAUGCGUAUUGUGAAGGAAUGGAACAAACUCUACAGGGGAGACAAAUGCAAGGGCCUCACUUCUGAGUCUGCUUUAUUCGUGUGCAACAAGUGGGACGACGCGGAAAAGCAAACAAAGACCAAUCUGUCAAACAAAGAAAAAAUUAAAAAUGAAAUCAUCUGCAAACUUAAGAAGAAAAUCCCUAACCUAAAUGAGAAAUCCCAGGUAAUUGAAAUGUCGGUGUUCACUGCAGCCCAAAUCCAGCAGAAGUUUGGUGUGAUGAGUGAUGAUUUAAGCAGCCUCAUAAAUGGACUACGACGCCUUCUUCCACUUUGUCUCGAGAAGAAAACCGAGCACUUCUACAGGUAAUUUGAAUUUCUCAGGAGUGCUUAAAGCGAACACCUCUUUGUCAGUAUUGCUCGGUUUCCAUGUCGCAUCAUCGUACUGUAAAAUCAAAACUUGCCAAGCCUUCUGAGUUCACUAUCUUCAAGCAUAAAGUCCCCUAAAAUCUCUUGAAUUUUAUCUUUUUAUCAAUCACGCGUCAACAAAGUGCGGUCGAAGAAGUAAAGGCGUCUCCUGUCAUAGAGCUGUCACGUGGAAAAAAAAAACAGUAAAAAGUGACGACUUAUCCUUUGAUUUGCUCUCCCUGAACAGUCAAGUGCGGGAUUUGUUCUGUGUUAAGGUACGUGUAGAAAUUUGGUGAACAGCUGAAACUACUGACAGCACAUAUCGGCAGAGACUUUUUAAAAGAGUUUUGUACUAGUUAUUCAGCGGACACAAUAGAGGAUGAAGGGGACAGAGAAGGCAUCCCCCAUACACACCCUAUUUCAUAGGUAAUUCGUCUUGAGUUAUUUUUAACACCACAGUUCUCAAGGGGGACUAGACAACAGCUAAUCACAUAGCACGAAUGUGUUCCGCGUGGAUGACCCACGCUCAGAGGCACGCGUCCUUCACGAAUUGACGCAGAACAAAAUGGUGGAAGACGCAGAGAGCGAUAUUUCUAUUCGUUUUGUCGGCGAAAACGACUACAGUGAGAUUUCUGCUAAAGCUGUGUCAGCGAAACGGACAUUAAAAAAGAAUUGCCCUUUCUCUGUUGUAUAGAGCUAACAGUACAGCUGAAUAUGCUCUCAGGAUCAUUUAUGAUUUACAGUUUGAAGCAAGCGAUUUCUGGUUUUAUAUUUAUUCUUUUAUUAGUCUUUAUUAUUCAACAACAAUAACACUUCGAGUCCUACUUUCUUUAUUGCACAAACGACCGGUUUCAAUAGACCGGCGAAAUUUCUCAUUUUUUUAAAGCACUGAGGUUACGACAACUCGAGUUAAACUGAUUUCACAGGUAGUCAAAGAGUCCAGCGAUUCCCUUUUCCCAGGUGAGCCCCGACUCAUUUCGCUUCAAUAUUUAGGAAAGCUCUCGAUCUCUUUAAGCUUUUAUUGCCUUUCGACCGACAUGUUUUGCAUGGCGUUUAGUCAUGCGAAGUCUCCACGAAACAUCCACGCAGAGCGCGAGGUGAAUUUAUCCCGAUUCUCAAUAUUAACUCGAGACGAAUUACCUAUGGAAUAGGGUGUGUAUGGGGGAUGCCUCCUCUGUCCCCUUUAUCCUUUCUUGGCGGACAUGAUCAUUCACUGAACCCUUGCUAGUGUCUAUUACAGAAAAUAUGAGAGGAUAUAUAACACUUACGGACGUUAGUGUCCGUUUAACAUGGGGUCCGUUUACGAACAGACUUUACGUAUUUUAAGCUGAAACUAACUUAUUUUCACAAUUCACCAGAAUGAAUAGUGACUGUCUUAAGUCCUUAUCGGAUCAGGUGAAAGGUGAAGUUAACAAUGCAAAACGGUCCCGAGAAGAUCGACUAAAAGCUCAAAAGGACGUUGAAAUGAAGCUGGAAAAACUCAAAGACGGCGCCUUCAUAAAGGACACUGACAAAGCACUCUCCAGGCAUGUGAAGAAUAUUUCCGCGCAAGUCAAGUCCUGUUUACAACAGGAUGAAGUAAGAAGCGCGUUUUGCACAUGGGAAAAAAAGGAUCUGCCACAAAUCGACGAUUGUCAACGAGGGAAAGUGGAAAGACUGAAAAAUAUUUACAACCAAAGUCUUGAGCAACGGUUCGAAAAAAUUCUACAGACCCUGGAAAAGAGGGAACAGCUAUUUUCCAAGGCUCACGCUGACCUUGAGCAGAGAUUUCGUCAAGGCUUCUUUGAAUUUGAGAAAGACGUACGAGACAUCGAUCAGGUCCUUGUUGGUGAAUCUACGGACGAAGUAUUAGUGCAAUUUGAAGACUGUUCUCUCUUGGACUCAAGAGUUAAGAAAUUCAUUUUCCUGACAAGUGUCGUUUUCAUGCCAGUUCUGUUCCCCAUUGGUUUGGCUGCAGCUGUUUUAUCUGCGCCGGUAAUUGGAUAUUUGGCCGUCGAAAGAAUCCUGAACGAAAGGCAUCUGAGAAACGAUCCCUGCCAAGUCCUAAGAGAAUUAUCCACUCAUUUCCUUCAGAAAAACAUUGACGAAGUAAUUUUCAAUCGAGUUUUGCAAGAAUUUACCGAUGAGAGGGAACGCAUAGAUAGUAUCAAGAGAUGCUACAAGGAGCUGCUUGAGAAAUAUGAGAAGAAAUGCAAGGAUCUCACCAAACGCGAAGAUGAAGAAACACGAAAAGGAACUGUCGAGAUGCUUAGUCCUUUGUACACAAAGCUUGAGGAUAUGAGUCAAAACCUAACCUUUGAUGCCAUUCAGCAUGGUAUACGUGUGAUGUCCCCUUCCUGCGAAGUCGACAAAAGGACUCUUUAUUACGAGACAAGGAUCGGGGGAGGCUCUUAUGGUAAAGUUUACAAGGGAAGGAUCAGCCUUCCAGGUCGUGAGAAAAAAGUAGCUGUCAAGAAGCUAAAAGUACCUCCACAGGCGUCAAACGUUGCUCCCUUCCUUGGAGAAGCAAAUAUACUGAUGUAAGCGAGUUUCGUUCAUAGAGGAGUUAAUUCGCCUAGACUUAUAGUCGAUUCGCCUCAGUUGACGACUUUACUCGUAGCUGAUUGUUUGGGAAAUGAAGUUUUGGCUGGCUUUGGAUAAAAAACGGGGCAAGGGUGAAGGGGCAGUCGGGGCUGUCCUUCGUGGUCUCAAACGCGAUAUUCUACGCUCUCCUUCAUCCUCGUUCCCAUGGUGUAACUGAAUGCCUGCCUUGUGGCCUUAAAUUUUGAACUAAGAACUAAAAUAUAAGUAAGCUUGCUGGGAAAAAGUCAACGUUCGUUCUUUGUAAACGUCGUUGGUAAACCAUGUAAAAAUCCUCCAGUGUGACUAAUGAGUUGUACUUAAAUGCGUUCAAUGAUAAGAGUGAUCAUCGCCUUGUUGUUCCGCAUGUCGGCCGCGAGGUAAUAUAAUUUUAAAAUGUACGUCAUAUACUUUUACCUCAAAGUUGAGGGAGAUUAAAAUAUUAUUUUUUGCAGGAAACUAAAACACACCCAUAUAGUGGAGUUCUAUGGAGUAGUUAUGGAUGUCAAGGACAACAAGCUGAGAUUCUUGGCCCUCGUCUUUGAGUUGUGCAAGGCAAAUCUCAAGAAUCACAUCUUCAAAAAGGAAGAGAAUAAACCGUGGAGGACAAACAGCGCAGCCAUUAUCACAUGCCGAUGGGGCGUUGAAAUUUUAGAUGCCCUGGAAUUCAUUCACAGCAAGAAAAUCGUUCAUCGGGAUCUCAAGCUGGAAAAUGUUUUAGUAAGUCAUUUCAAUUACAGUAUGUGGUCCUUAGUCCGCGCAAGUGCCUGAUGCCCUUGGUCCGCGUCUUUUCCGAAAAUGAUAAAAUAUUUCGUCAUGAAAAAAAUAUGUUGAAUAAUGAAAGAUAUUGUGAUUUACUGAUUAGCAUUCUUUCAUAUGACGAAUUUUCAGCUUUCUUGCUGCGGGUAGGUUAAUUUGUCUUUCUUGAAGUUUGGAGGUAGUUACGAAAUUUCUAACAGCUCAGUUUCCCUGAUUUUGAUGUAAACGUCUUCUAGGAAAUUUAAUCAAUUCAAAGAUUUUCAAUCUGACCAAAUACAGAGAAGCUCUCGUAAAAUAUUUCCUGCUCAUUACCCAUGAAGAACUGACGGUUUGAAUUUGACACUUGUUAUGGGAUCGGCUAACGGAUUCGUUUUUCAAAUAAUCAAUUCAUUACUAGAAUCUUGGGGGGGUACGCUUGACCUGGCUUGACUGUAGACGUCAAAAACAAGUCACUGAACAGAACAAGUAUAGCUUAAAUAAAUAAAUAAACAAAUAGAGUUGAUUGAUCGUAUUGGACACAGUCCACAGUUAAGGGCACUGGCUUUAAGGGAAAGUUUUCCUGGAAACAUUUCGCGAGUUUAUCCAAAGGGUCAGUCGUCUAGUAGCCUGAAUUGGAGACACUUUAAACCGCUGAAAUUCAGUCUAAACGAUGGGUGGGCCGGUUAAAACGCUGUCCUGCGAAAACAGCCGUUUCUCCUCGCUCUUCGCCCCUGCGGACCUUGCGCGCAGAGGAACGACUACGACUAAUUAAUGUUUACAUAAUAUAUCGGGUAGUCAUGGGGUUCCACAUCCCAAUUUGUUCAAUUUUACGUUUAUCCUGGUCGAUUUUACUAAAGUGUUGUGUUCAUCUGUGAACGAGCUCCAGCAAAACUCAAAUGUUUCUUCUAGAGAAGAGUAUAUUUCACCUAUUUUGAUUGUUUUGUGAGAGAUUCAUCGCAUCGAGAUUCAUCGUUCUUCGUGGCCUUUUGUCCUUUUGUCUGUCAUUCGUAAACAAUACCUAAAACAAUGUAACUAGUCUGUCGACCAAUAAGCGCUUCUGACCGGAUUCCGGACAGAUUUUAAGUCGUCAGUAUGGAAUUUCUGUCGCUGAGUCGCAGACGUUAUUCCUCGCGAAACGUCCUCAGCGGCGAAGGAUGAGAAGAAACGGGUGUUUUCAGGCUAUUAAAACGCAGGCUAGUCGUCAACACGACCGGAUUAAACCUAUUAAUGACACUUCAUCAAAUAGCCGCCUCUCAUCGUGCCCCGCCACGAAACGUCCCCAGCGACUGUGGGUGAGGAGAGGCGGUUGUAUUUGCAGGCUAUUUGUCAAGCAGUACCAAAAAAUUCAACCAAACUACCUCGACAAAAUGUUAGCUUACGAGUUCUUAUCACUGAUUAAAAAAAGCGUUUUAACCUUAUUUGUUCACCCUUAGCACUUGUCGGGUAGACAUCACUUUACAGGAAUGUAACAACAGGUACAUACGCGACGUAUUUAAAAGGGAAAUAGCUCUUUCCUAUCAAACUGUAGAAACCUACGUAAUAUUCAUUCGUUUCAUUCUGCUUAAGUUGCAUAAAACUUAUUUUGCCUCACUUGCACUUUACACUCAUUCACAGAUUACCAAGAUGGAGCAAAUCAAAGUGGCAGACUUGGGACUGGCCACCUUUAAAAACCAGAUAACGGGAACAUACUGUGGCUCACCAUGGUACAUGGCUCCAGAGAUAAGCCGCGAAAAUAGAAUCUACGAUUCCAAGGUGGACAUGUACAGCUUCGGAUUGAUGAUGUGGGAAAUGUGGUUUGGUGAAAUAGUUCGUCCUGAACCGAUCUCCUGCAGUCAAGACGAGGUUACCCGACAAAUAAACGAGAGGAAACAACGCGCCGAAGGACGCGGAGGCACUCGCCACCCUCCUCCUACAAAAUGGAUCGAAUUGAUGGUGUGCCUUUGGAAUGCCGAGCCAUGCGUUCGGAAAACGGCCAUGGAAAGUAAAGAAUUGAUGAAGGAAGUUAAACAGUCGCUGAAUGAGGAAAAGCGAUUUUAAACUGAUCAAAGCAUCCUCGUUAAUAUUAGCUUUUUCAUGUUCACAUUGCCAGUCGUGACGACCAUUUUUUCUCAAUUUUUUUAUGCGGUAUAGCUUAAUGCCAAACGCGGUAACACUUACAAGAGACGUACCGGAUCGUUUUGAUCAAUUUCCCGAUAGAAUUGGCCAGGAAGAAUUGGUCGGAUUUUUCAAAAUGAAAUUUUGCUGUCUAUAAGCCUCUACGAGCAUUGGGGGUGUUGGCGGGGAGGGAAUGCAGCAGAACAUUUGUAAUGCGCUCUUUUCAAAUAGCUUUUUAGAAAUCUUCUCGACUAUUUCAGCCAUGUUACCCUAUAAAUGGCGUUUUUUAGCUUGUGUGAAGUUUUGAUUUGUGAUUGUUAGAGUGAAAAACCUUUCAUAAGGGGUGAAAAUAUUCUCAUUCAAUUGGCCUUGUUUUUGUCACAUUUUUACAUACUAUUUGAAUUUUAGUUCAGUUAAAGGGGCUAUUUUCUGAGGGCCAAUAAAAUCAAGAUUCCACUUUGUGCGUUAUGCUAGCAUUAUUCGAGCAUUUUAUGGAAAAACAUUUUUGCUGAG